UAUACACAAAUAUGCAUUUACCCGCGGGACCCACUUUGGUUGCUAAUACCAAUGCGCAUAGCCAAGUGCUGGCAGCAGCAGCAGCCGCCGCAGCAGCAGCAGCAGCAGCAGUUAGCAACAAUAAUAAUGUUAGCAACAUAAGCACACACAGCGCCAGCAGCACGGGCAGCUCUACGCCGGAUAAUACACACAACAGCACAAGCAGCAGCAGCAACAACAACACAACCAACAGCAGCAACAGCAACAGCAACAGCAACAGCAACAACAACAACAACAAUUCGAGCUCCAACUCUGCUAAAAUGCCCAGCUCCAUGACCGACAUGUUUGCCAGUCUGCAUGAAAUGCUCCAAGAAUAUCAUGGGGAACUGGCCCAGACUGGUUCACCCUCCAUAUUGUGCAGUGCUCUGCCCAAUCAUUGGCGCUCCAACAAAUCGCUGCCCGGCGCCUUCAAAGUGAUCGCACUCGAUGAUGUGCCCGACGGCACUUUGGUGUCCAUCAAAUGCGGCAACGAUGAAAAUUAUUGUGGGGAGCUGCGCAAUUGCACGACCACGAUGAAGAAUCAGGUGGCCAAGUUUAAUGACUUGCGUUUCGUGGGACGUUCGGGGCGUGGCAAAUCGUUUACGCUCACCAUUACCAUUGCCACAUAUCCGGUGCAGAUCGCCAGCUAUAGCAAGGCCAUCAAGGUUACGGUCGACGGGCCGCGUGAGCCAAGAAGCUAUGGCUAUCCACAUCCCGGCGCCUUCAAUCCGUUCAUGCUCAAUCCCGCUUGGCUGGAUGCUGCCUACAUGACCUACGGCUAUGCGGAUUACUUCCGCCAUCAGCAAGCAGCCGCCGCUGCAGUGCAUCAUCCAGCGCUAGCCAAGUCACAGGGCUCGCCCAAUGGCAGCAGCCAGCCCACAGCCCCAAAUCAGCUGGGCGGCAAUACUAAUCAAUGGUAA